AUGUCGCAAGCGCCGGUGCAAAUAUCCUCCAAGGAGCAGUUCGAUGGCAUUCUAAAGAGCUCAAAACUCGUCGUCGCCGACUUCUUCGCCGUCUGGUGCGGUCCUUGUCAACAAAUCGCGCCAGUAUAUGAGGCAUUGUCAAAAUCGCUUUCCCGGCCUCAACUCCUUACAUUCGUCAAAAUCGAUACCGAAAAAGUCAAGGCUCUUUCUGAGGAAUAUCAGAUUACCGCGCUGCCGACCUUCUUAUUGUUCCAGGAGGGAAAGGUGAUCCAGUCGGUCAAGGGUGCAAAUCCCACCGAGCUGAGACGCAUCAUCCAGAAACUAGCUUCUGAGCUUGAGUCUGCCGGCGAAUCGUCUGGUACCGGGACCGGCAGCAGUGGUCCAUGGGCCGGCGCAGAGAUUCCGAGGGGAUAUAGUGAUAUUUCCGACCAAGUAGAGAUACGCAAUUGCGAGCUGUCGAAUGCCGACGAAGAUGCGGGACCGGUCAAGGUGCUGUUCGACGUCGCGAAGCCCAGCGCUUUGAGCAACGACAGCAAUUCUGUCAACGUCAAGGACUUUGUUCAGAGCGGCGCGGAUGACCAGCUUCUUCUCUUCAUUCCUUUCCAAGGUUCCGUCAAACUUCACACAUUGCAGAUUACGUCUCUUCCUCCCAAGGACCAAGAUACCGUCUCGAGACCCGUGAUUGUUCACCUAUACAUCAACCGGCCACAACACAUGGACUUUAGUGAAGCCGACGAUACUGAGCCGACUCAGGCUAUUACGCUGACUUCCAAGGAUUGGAACGCCGAAGGCACUGCUAACAUCAGCUUGCGCUUUGUCAAGUUCCAAAAGACAACCACGCUGAUUCUGUAUGUGCAAAAGGGCGAGGAAGGCGCCGACGCCGUACGAAUCGACCGGAUUAAGAUCAUUGGCGAAGCCGGUACCAAACGCGAGAUGGGCAAGCUCCAGAAGGUAGGAGAUGAUGAAUAA